GACCAAUAGGAGAGCUCGUUUUGGCGUGACGCUUUCUUUUGUAAACAACAACAAACGUGAAUUGAGAUCUCGGCCGGCGCUGUAAUUCUGGACGUACAAAACUGUCAUUCUAACGACUGGCUGGAAAAUCUUGUAGAGGAUGACCAUCGACAAGGGGCGAGGCCCCCCCUCCCCUCCUCUCCAUGUUCAUGUGGAUGAGGUCACUCCGGUCCACGUUCACAUCAAGAAAGGGGCUAAGAAAUCAGCUACAGCUCGAGCGGUUGAGGAAAAGCUGAAGGAGAGCAAAGCACAAAGCAACCGUAGCUUUGGGGUGGGUAACCUCAGACCAACAGCCUCCUCCAAAGAACCCUGGGUGCCGGCUCCUGGCAGGUCCACCAAGGGAAAGAAAUUCUCCUGGCAGGCAGGAACGCAUUCACUGGAGAUCAACCCACCGGAGAGAGAUACAGUGCAUGCCACAAUGCGUAUGGAGGACCUGGAUGAGGAUUAUGACGAUGCACGAUUCGGCCAAUAUGAGAAGAAGAUCGACAGCCUCAUGACAGAAGUAGGCACCCUGAAGACAGAGAGGAAGCUGGAGCGCACCAAGCGUGAAGCGGAGAGGGCCAAGGAAGAAUUGGACAUCUCCAAGCGUCUCCUGGAGAACCAGGAGGAGGAGAUAAUUGACUACAGGGAGGAGCUCAAGAUGACUGAACGAGAGAAUGAGAAGCUCAGACGCUCCGUGGACGUGCUCAGGAAUGAUACAGACUUCUCAAGGGCUGAGAAGACACUCGUCAGCACUGAGAGGGAGAGACUCCUCAAGAAGCUGGUGGAGGUGGAGCUGGAUGCGGAGGCUGCCUCCAAGCAGGUCACUCAACUCAGGGAUGCAGUACACAAACUCAGAGAGGAAAAGAGGAUGUCUUCUCACGACAGCAAGAUCUUAGGCAAGCAGCGAGAGCUACUCCUGCAGAAACUUGAAGACUUUGAGAGAACCAACACAACGCUCAGACAAAUGCUACGGGACCAGCACAAGUCCGAGGCAAAACGUGACCAAACUGAAGAACAGCGCGACGUCCUGCUCCGCAAGCUGACCCAGUCCGACGCGGCCAACCAACGCCUGCGCGUCCAGACCCUGGAGAAGGACGAAGAGGUCCAGACCCUGCGCGACACCUUGGCCUCGGAGCGGGAGCAGCUGCGAUCGGUGACGGACCUGCAGACCUCGGUGGCGGCCACCCGGGGACACCUGCAGAACCAGCUGCGCAAGCGGGAAGGCGACUGCAACCGGAUGGCCGUGCAGCUGCGGCAGAUGGAGAACCGGCUGGAGCAGCAGCAGAUUGAGGCGGACCACCUGCAGGGGUUGCUGACGGCGGCUAAAGGGAAGGCCGGCGCCGACAAGGAGGCCCUCAAGAGAGCCACAAGAGUCCAGAAAGACCGUGCCACACGGAGCGAGGAUGCCGUGGAGAAGCUGAACAUGCAGCUGCUGGAGACGGAGACCAGGCUGGCCGACUCCGCCAUGGUUGGAGAUCAGUGGAAAGCCCGGGCCGAGAAGUUGACCAAGGAGAAAUUGCAGCAGGAGACUCAGAAUGCUGCUCUGAUAAGGCAAAUGGAUGACUUGGAAGACAAACUGAAAGACGCUGAAAUGAGCUCACGGGUGACAGCAGAUGACCUGAAUCACAAGCUACACGGCAAGUCAACUGAACUGGCCACAUUCAAACUGGAGAAUGACAGACUUAAGUCAUCUCUAGCCACUGUUCAAGACAAGUUGACCUUUGCCACGAGUGAGGUGGACCAACUCAAGACCAGUAUUCACGAUUAUGAGUCCCUGGUUGGCGAGUACAAAACACAGCAUCCAUUCUCCUAUUUUAAGCACAGAUCAAGGAUGAGUAAAUCUCGUCGGGAGGCUCUGGAUACGUCCCUCCAGCUGGAGCAGGAACAGCAACAGAGGAGCCGCAGGGAGCAAGAGGCAGGCAAGGAGAUGGAUAUUCUGAGGAACCACCUCGAGCGGAGACUUCAAGAGCUGGAGCCCCUGCCAGAGCAGCUGCGUAACUCUGAGCAGAAGCUCCUGGAGGCCACCGAGAAACUACUCAGCCAGGAGAGACGGUUCUCUGAGCAGACGAAGGUCAUCUCGGAUCUCUCAACCAAGGUUGACCAUCAAGCUGAGCAGGUGGAAGCAAUGAGAGACAAAUGGCACACAGCACAGGAUGAGAACAGGUCCCUGGCUUCCCAAAUGGAGUCCUUCCAAAGGCGACUACAAGAAGCUGAUGACCAGAACAAGGAGCUGCAUGCCAUUAUUGCCAAACGGGAAGAAACCGUCCACCAAAACCAGUUGAGAAUAGAAGACAAAACGCGAGAGAAUUCCAGCCUGUCCCGGCAGCUUGAGCAGGCCAUCAGCGACAGCCGGCGCUUAGAGGAAGAAUCGCGGGAGAAAGCCGUACAGCGAGAGCGCAACGCCCAGGCUAGGAUCCUGGACCUGGAGGCACAGCUGAACCGAGUCAAGGGGGAAAUCCACCAGUCCAAACGAGCCAAAGAAGACGCGGAGCGUAAGUUCAACUCCCAGCUGUACGACCUGAAGGAUCGCCUGGAGCAGUCACACAGCACCAACCGCAGCAUGCAGAACUACGUCCAGUUCCUCAAGAGCUCCUACGCAAACGUCUUUGGUGACACCUCCCUAUCCGGGUCCCCUCUAAGGGGCCACACACCAUUAAGGACAUGACAGGGUGGACCUUAGCAUUAUCAGAUAUAGGGGUGUACUAUGGUCAGGCAGAUGGGGGUGGAUAAAAAAAGCAAGGCUUUGCAAGUGGGCUUCAUCGCACAUGUUAAUUUUGCCCAACUUAUAACUUAUACUGUGUAGAAGAAAGUCCAUUUUAUUUUUAGAAUUAGAGUCCUACACAACUGUUAUGAUUAAUUUUGGUCGACAAAGAUAUACACACGCUCAAUUUAAAGUUG